AUGCAUUUCUCUGCCGCAGCACUCCUUGCCCUCUCGGUCAGCGUGACCUACGCGGCUCCGUUCGCCAACCCAGAGAACGAGGAGCUUGCUCGCCGCAAGGCAACCUACUCAGUGGUCAAUGCCGACGGAGAGUCUAGCUCUGCUGCACCCGAGAUUGAUACUGUUUUCGAGACAUCUACAGUCACUGCUCCCGGAGCUGACCCGGUUCCCGUUACCGUCACUGUGACUGCCAGUCCCUCAACCGCACCCUACUCGACCCCCGUGGCUAGCUCGGCUUGCUUGGAGACACCUUCUGCUCGCAACGACGUCCCUCUCCCGUCCAUUGCUCUUCCCACUGCCGGUUCUUUCUUCCGUCGCGGCCUGAGAGCCGCCGGUCAGCCCGGUCUCUUUGCUCGCGAGUACUCCUACUCUAGCGCCUCUCCCGUCUCGGUCGAGGCCCGUGACUAUGCCACUUCUUCUGCCUCUCUCUAUGCUCGCAGCUACCCAUCUGCCUUCGGCGCUGCCUCCUCCCCGACCCCCUCAGCCUCUGCCACUCCUCUCGCUGCUCGCGACUGGGUGUCUCCCUCCUCAAGCCUGAGCUCCUCUGCUACUGCCUCUCCCCUCAUUGCCCGUCAGUGGUACCCUGCAACUCCUAGCGGAUCUGCUUCUGUCUCUGCUUCGGCGACAUCACUUGUGGCCCGCGGCUUUGGUGGUUGGUCCUCUUCCGCUUCCGUCUCGCCCUCUGCCACCUCUCUCGUCGCCCGUGACUGGUACACCGCUGCCCCCAGCUCUUCCAAUGCCAACCCUUCCGCUUCUGGCACUUCGCUGGCUGCUCGUGAAUGGUACUCUCCCUCGGUCUCGAGUGCUACUGGGUCUCCUACCCUGGCCGCUCGUAACUGGCAGUCUACUUCUCCCGUCGCCUCCAGCUCGAGUGCCACCGUCUCGACCGCUCCUUUGGCUGUCCGUGGCGAGUACGGCUGGUACUCUUACUCUCCCAGCUCUUCUUCCGUGGCCACUCCCACUCCCUCUGCUGGCUUGAUUGCUCGUGACAACCGCAGCUGGGCCUCCAGUGUCUCUUCCCCCGUCUGGAGCACCCCCGUCGCCUCCGCUACUCCCGCCGUCUACUAA